AUGGGUAACCAGCAGUCAAACAUCGGCGGAGGCCCCAGGGGCGAUGGCAAGGACGACAAGGAUAACAAGAAGGACAAGCCUAAGUACGAGCCACCACCACCACCUACCACUCGCAUCGGUCGUAAGAAGCGCAAGGCCGCCGGUCCCAGCACUGCAUCCAAGCUACCAGACAUUUACCCCACGUCACGAUGUAAACUCCGGUAUCUUCGAAUGCAGCGUGUCCACGACCACCUACUACUGGAGGAAGAGUACGUUGAAAACAUGGAGCGGCUACGGAAAGCCAAGGUGUCUGUGCUACCGGCUGCCAGCGGCGGAGAUGUCGAUAUCACGGACAGAAAUGCCGAUGAGCGCGGGCGUGUCGAUGAUAUGAGAGGGAGCCCGAUGGGUGUCGGCAACUUGGAAGAGUUGAUUGAUGACGACCACGCGAUUGUAUCGAGUGCGACCGGCCCGGAAUACUACGUGUCCAUCAUGUCGUUUGUCGACAAGGACCUGCUUGAGCCCGGUGCCAGCAUUCUACUACACCACAAGUCAGUUUCGGUUGUUGGUGUGUUGACAGAGGAGUCAGAUCCGCUGGUUUCGGUGAUGAAGCUUGACAAGGCGCCAACCGAAUCUUACGCCGAUAUUGGUGGUCUCGAAUCACAAAUUCAGGAAGUCCGAGAAUCUGUCGAGUUGCCGCUUCUUCACCCCGAGCUGUACGAGGAGAUGGGUAUCAAACCGCCAAAGGGCGUCAUUCUUUACGGAGCGCCCGGAACUGGAAAAACACUACUGGCCAAGGCCGUUGCGAACCAGACCAGUGCCACAUUCUUGCGUAUUGUUGGAAGUGAGUUGAUCCAAAAGUACCUUGGAGACGGACCCCGUCUGGUGCGUCAGAUCUUCACGGUGGCCGCGGAGCAUUCCCCAUCAAUUGUCUUCAUUGAUGAAAUUGAUGCUAUUGGUACGAAGCGUUACGAAUCAACCUCCGGUGGUGAACGAGAAAUUCAGCGAACCAUGCUUGAGCUUCUUAACCAGUUGGAUGGAUUCGAUGACCGCGGAGAUGUCAAGGUUGUUAUGGCCACAAACAAGAUCGAAACUCUCGACCCUGCUUUAAUUCGUCCUGGACGUAUUGACCGCAAGAUCCUGUUCGAGAGCCCCGACCAAAACACAAAGAAGAAGAUCUUCACUCUCCACACCUCGAAGAUGUCCCUCGGAGACGAUGUCGACCUUGACGAGUUCAUCAGCCAGAAGGACGAUCUCUCCGGUGCCGAUAUCCGCGCUAUUUGCACAGAAGCCGGUCUGAUGGCGCUGAGAGAGCGCCGCAUGAGGGUGCAGAUGGACGACUUCCGCGCGGCUCGCGAGCGUAUCAUGAAGACGAAGCAGGAUGGCGGACCCGUGGAAGGAUUGUACUUGUAG